GCAUCGGUAGCGAAUAGAGGACGCCAUCCAGUGGUGUGCUUGAAUCGCUUAGUUCAGAUUCUGGUUGACGGAGACUGUACACACUAGCGUCAACGGCUAGUAGAACUCGUGACAAUCUUUGGAUAUUUUGAAAACUGCUGAACGUUGGGCACACGUACACCGUGAGAUCAUGUGCUCGUAAGCAAACUGAAUUUUCUACCAUCGGAUGUAGUAGUAUUACUUUACACUGCCAAUUUUCAUUGAACGUCGUUCUGUGAACAAAGUCGACCUUUUUUUAGAGAUUCCCGGCAGCCUUGCAGGCGCAUCAAAAGUUGCUGGACAUUAUUCUAGUUUUUAUUUGAACGAAAUGGAAGUUUCAAUGCAGCAGUUGGUCGUGCUGGCGUAUUCGGGAGGCUUGGAUACAUCUUGCAUCCUCGUGUGGCUCAGGGAGCAGGGCUACUCGGUCAUAGCUUACUUGGCCAACCUUGGGCAAAAUGAAGACUUUGAAGAAGCCAGAGCUAAGGCAGAAAAGCUUGGAGCUGUUGACGUAAUCAUCGAAGACCUGCGACGCGAGCUGGUUGAAGACUUCGCGUUCGUGUCGGUGCAAGGGAACUGCAGGUACGAAGACAAGUAUUUGCUUGGCACGUCCCUCGCUCGUCCCUGCAUCGUCCGGGGACUCGUCAGAGCUGCUCGCAAACAUAAAGCUGGCUUCAUCGCUCACGGCGCCACUGGCAAAGGCAACGACCAAGUCCGCUUCGAGUUCGGCUGCGCUGCACUCAUGCCCAACGCUAAGGUGAUAGCUCCGUGGCGCGACCCUGGGUUUUGCGCACGGUUCCAGGGCCGUCAAGACCUGUUCUCUUACGCGCGUGCAAACGGCAUCCCGCUGCCUGUCACUCCAAAAUCUCCGUGGAGCAUCGACGGCAACAUCAUUCAUGUCAGCUAUGAGUCUGGCAUCUUGGAAGACCCGAACUGUCCGGCGCCAGAAGGGCUCUGUCAGAUGACCGUAGACCCAGAGAAGGCCCCGGACAAACCCCAGCUUCUCACCAUAAAUUUUGAAAAAGGUAUUCCAGUAUCUGUAGUAAUGGAAGACGGGUCGCGAGUGGAGGGAUCACUGGAAGUGUUCACGGCAGUGAACACCGCGGCGGCUGCGCACGGCGUCGGCAGAGUGGACAUGGUCGAGAACAGGUUUCUGGGACUCAAGUCGCGCGGCGUGUACGAGACGCCAGGCUUGACAGCGCUGCACGCUGCGCACGGCGACCUGGAGAGCGUGUGUCUGGACAAGCGCGUGCGGGAUGUCAAAGAGCAUCUCGCGCACGUCCUCGCGCAGCAAAUAUAUAACGGUCUCUGGUACAGUCCCGAGUGUGAGUACACGCGACAAUGCAUCGCUGCGUCGCAGACUCACGUGACUGGCAGCGUCAGGCUCAAGCUCUACAAAGGCAACGUACACGUCGUACAGCGCGUUGGUGCCCCUGGAUGCUCGCUGUACAACACCAGUCUCGUCUCCAUGGACGAACAUGGCGGCUACGACCCGACUGAUGCUAGCGGGUUUAUUGCUGUCCAUGCCCUGCGACUGCGCGAGUACGGCAGCCUUAGAGCUGCUGCUCCUUGAUAAGGCCUGCAUAGGAGCCGUACUAUCAAAAAAUGGAUGAGUUUGUAGCUCCGUCAUUCAAUUGCUGAAUAGUUAAAUAAAUUACUAUAUCGGGUUUCUGGAGCUAUGCCCACCAAUUUACAGAUUAGAAAUCCGGAACUACUUUUACCUGGGCAGAGAUUAACGAAACUUCGCUAAGUAUACGUAACUUUCCGUACUUAC